ACAACGCUCGCCGAGCAGCGGAUACACGGUCGCUUUCAAUCUUCUAUUCGAGCCGUACUUGCUGACUUUAUGCACGGAGCCCCUCAUUAUAACAUCGGAACAAGUAAACAAGGCAUGCACAAGCGGGUCGUCGGUUUAGAAACCGUACCAUGUAACAGAAUACUCGCUGGUGGCCGGCGGCUUUGAAGCAGGAGUGAAGAGCAAUCAAUCACCGGACACCUCCACCGUUAUUCGGUGAGCGCUUGCUGAGGAGGCAGGGUAACCGCUGCUCUAAUGCUGCCCUGACCGGGCCAACUCGCCUCACUCAGCGGUACUAUUUUAACGCGGCGUCUUGUUUUCGACCCAACACUAUAUCAGGUUAUAUAGCGGGACUAGUGCACGGCAAAGAUGUUGCAAGUGCUGGCUUGCGGCGUGGUGGUUUUCCCCGGUCUCUUCUUCACUUUGAGAAAAGUGCUUCCGUCCAUUUUCAAGCAGUGGACAGAUGCCGACGUCGUGCUGGUCAGCGAAAGGCUGGUGUCAUCCAUUCAUGCUGUUAUGGCUACAACAGUUGGCAUCAUCGUGGUGUCCUCAUGCAGAGGCAAUGUGAUUGCAGACCGACACUGGCUGGCCACCCAUUUUGUCAUUUGGUAUGGCGUGCCCUACAUGACAUAUGACAUCUUCGCCAUGUACCUCAGCCAUUACCAUCGCUUCCGGGUCAAAGGUCACAAGGACUAUAGGAACCACUCUCUACGCACGGUCAACUCAUUUGUGAGGAAAGAGUUCCUGCUGGUCCUCCAUCACAUUGCACUGCUCACCAUCCUGCUACCUGUGACACUGUUCUUUAGGAAGGACCAGGGUGAUUACUUCAUUGGCUGUCUGUUCCUCACAGAGCUCAGCACUCCUUUUGUUUCAUUGGGCAAAAUCCUCAUUCAGUUGGGGAUGCAGGAAUGCUGGCUGCACAAGGUCAAUGGCGGCAUGGUGCUUUUGAGUUUCUUCAUAUGCCGUAUUGCACUCUUCCCCUAUAUGUACUGGAUGUACGGCUCCCACUACGGCAUCCCGCUUUACAGCGUUCCCUUCCAUAUGCCCUUUUCUGCAAACCUGGGCAACUUCUGCAUCCUGGCACCACAAGUCUACUGGUUCGUCCUUCUCUGUCGUAAAGGCUACCGACUCUACAAGCGCCAACGGGAUGCAAAGAAUCAGAUCUCUCCAGUUUCCUCCCCCGAGCCCAUCUCGGAUAUCUCCAAGGCUGAUUAGCGAAGGAAUCACUGUUGUUGUCUAGAACAAACCAACCAAUCAACGUCACAGCUGAAGGCAACGGCACUGCAUCUACUAAUGUUACAGUACAACUAGACUCACGCGCCUGUUAGAAAUCCCAUUAUUACUGCUGACUUCUCUUCUCUUCUCCAUUCCACACAUGGCUGUUACAGAGCCGCUCCACUGGAUUAACUGCCUGUGGUGAUCUCCAAGGAGACUUUUAGGUCAGAUAUUGAGGGGUGUGACCCUCUCUUCCUUUUCCGACUGGAGGAUCUGUUACAGUUUGGACUGAUGUCUUGGAUGUCAUUGGAAUUAUCUGUUACUUUUUGUUAUUUUUUUGGUUCUGUCCUUUGUCCUAUAUGAUAAUCUGGCCCAACCCUAACAUAUAGUGUGUAUGUGUGCUUGAAGUAUAAAAAUACAGUGGUUUAAAGGCAAACUAUUAUGUGAGUGGCACAGCCACGUCUAUGAUGACCUAAAUCUAUUAAACAAACAUUACUUUAAAAUCCUGCAGUACUUUAACAUUAGAGCAGCAUUUCAGAUCACCUGCACAUGGGCGCAGUAAAGAAUCAGUCCUUAUGUUUACAGUGGUAUACACAGGUCUUGAGUCUAUUGGGGGGUGGGGUCUUUGCAGGGUACAAAGAGCGAGCACAUAACGCUUGGCAUAUCUUUUAGGCCACAUUAUGCCUGGGGGGAUCUCCAGGCAGCAGUCAAAGCAAAAACACAAGGGGCUUCAAUGCAAGGGACUAUGGUUAGUUGGGUGUCCCAUGUGAACACAUGGUCUGAUAGAAAAAUUGCAUGCCACCCUACUCCUAAAACUGACAUCUGUACAUCCAAAGGAUGUAAUAUAGGGUUCCCGCAUCAUGUAAAAUUGUAAUUUGCAGGUCUGGAAAAUAAAUUAAAAUUUUUAAAUCAUGGAAAUUUCUAGAGUCAAUUUAAUUUUUUGGUAACACUUUACUAUAAGGUUGUAUUAGUUAACAUUGUUAACUACAUUAGUUAACAUGAACUAACAAGGAACAAUUGUAUUUGUUUUAAUUGUAUAAACAACAAAAAACAUUCCAUGUUUAAUUUAAGUUAAACUCAAUCGACAGCAUUUGUGGCAUAAUGUUAAUGCCACUUAAUGUACUUUUGACUUGUCCCUCCUUUUCAAAAAGCAAAAAUCAAGGUAACAUUUAAGCACUUACCGUGUAAGUGAAUAGGGACCAUUUUUGGAGGAUUUAAAGUCAGAAAUGUGAAGAUUCUAAUUAUUUUAUCCCACUGAAAUCAUGUUAACAUGCAUAUUGUGUUAAUCAUAAUGCAUAUUAUGUCUUGUGGCUAUACUUUUGAAACAGUGAGUAUUUUAACAUUUAUGGAUUGGCCCCAUUCACUUCCAUUGCAAGUGGCUUAGAUUUUUGCCUUUUGCCUUUUUUUUUUUUUUUUUUAAAGAAACGGAGGUGCAAGUAUAAAUUUAUUUUUGUGGUAAUAAAAAUUAAGCCAUAAAUGCUGUCGAUUGAGCUUAACUUGUAACCAGAAUAUUACUUUAACGAAGAUUAUUAAAUGCUGUAAAAAUAAUUAGUUAAUGAUACCCAAUGCAUUUUAUUAUGGUAACAAAUAAAACCUUAUUGUAAAGUGUUUUCUAGUUAUUCUCAGCUCUAUAAUUUUUCCAUGGACUAGAAAUUGACUGUUUUACUCUCCAAUAAAUCAAUAAAUCAAUAAAAAAUGUAAGAUUUAUGCAUUUUAAUUUCAUAACAGAUUUUCAUCUAAUAUAAUUGUUAGCUUAAAUAAAUAUUUUUUUUUAUUAAUUUAGUUAAAGAUUACACAACUUUUUAAUGUUUUUAAUUUUAAUUUAAAUGUGUACAUUUAAAAAAAUAGGUUAAAAUAUAUUUUUUUUUGAGUGCCUUUCUCUACAAUGAUUUUUAAACAUCUUUACCCAGUAAUCAUAAACAUCUGGAAAUUAAUUUAUCAAAAGGUAUUUGAACCCUGGCAUUAAUUAUUAUGUUUGUGAUUUGGUGUUGAAUGUGAAGUGUGGCACACAUACUAUGCUCUUUAUGUGAGGUUUUAUGAGGUGUUAUCUUUCAAUUAACUAAGCCUGCAGUUUGAGUUUUAGAAUAAUUGUAUUUAAUUCUAAAUUGAUGUGCUGUAAAAACAGGUUAUUUGCUGUUGCCUAGUGUCAUUUUUGUUGGAAGGAUUAUGGCCGUAUGAGAACUUGUGUAAAUGUAGGCUAGCAAGGAACUCAGAAACCUUUGUUUCAAGGCAUUUAACACAAACUGUAGCAUCUUUCAUAAUACAUUUAGUUGAUGCUGAAUGCCAUAUGAAAGCAUCUAAGGUUUUAUUUACAAUGACCUUUUAGAUUCCAUUAAAGAGCUUCUAUUAUGUUUUUUCAAAUAUUACCUUUCAUGUAGUGUGUUAUAUAAAAAUUCUGCAAAGUUUAAAAAAUCAAAGUGUACAACAUAUGGAGUUAUUGACUCCCAAAAGAAAGAACCGAUUCUGAACACCUGAAACAAGUCAUUAGUAAUUCCAGACUUACUUCCUGUACUAACCUAUGUAAUUUGGUAACAAAAAACCCAUAUCUGGUCUUCAUUGGCUGCUUGCAAACAGCUAUGACCUGCCCUAAAACACUACACUAAGUGGCAGACCAAUCACAACAGACUGGGACAUCUGACCAAUCAGAGCAGAGUAGCCUCUCUGAAAGGAGGAGUUUAGAAUGAAUCCUUUAGAACGGAUCAUUGAAUGAGUCACUUUUGACACUGGGGAAAAAAAGGUAAUGCUGCAAUUUAAAUUAUGAGCAAAUUAAGGUGUUUUUUUGACCAUAUAUGCAUGUAAAUGUAUUGUAUGAGACAUUUAAAACAAAAUGAGGCAAGUUUAAAAACCAUAAUAGGUGCUCUUUAAAGGAGUAGUUCAACCAAAACUGAAAUCUAAUGUAUUAUUUAGUGAAAAUGUUCACUGACCGUUGAUGAUCUGUUCACGUUCAUGAUAGGGCACGAGAGCAGUUUACGCAGCUCUCUCGUGACAUUGGGGCGUUUAAGUGAAAACUUGUUUUGCUUAUCUAAAAACAGGUCCUCCACAGUGAUGGUGACAACAGAGCUGCACACAAAACAGAGAACAGAACUUACUAAACAUGUCUGAAGAGUUUGUUGUCAAAGAAUUGAUGCAUUUCUAUGCUCAGCCUCAUUUGUUUUAAAAAUCAAACAGACACACUCCUAAUCUGACAGCAACGACAUGCGAUAAAAGGUAUAUUUUCUAUGUUAAUCAGAGUUUUUGUCCUACCCAGCAGUGACGAGUGAUGGUACAUUCAAUCGACGGCUUGUCUUCUGUUUUUGGCAUUGCAUAGAUAACUCUGUCCAUUGCGUGAACUAACUCCGUCAGUCCGCUGUGAACAGGCACCGGUCCAAAAACGUUCAAUAAAUACGUUUGGGCAUAGAAAUGCAUCAAUUCUUUCACUACAAACUCUUCAGUCAUGUUUAGUCUGAAGAGUAAACAAUGACUGACUUUUCAUUUUUGGGUGAUCUAUCCCUUUAAGCCCUUUCAAAAGUGCAUAAUUGUUGGAUUAAAAUCAGUACAUACCCAUGCACUCAUUUAGUGGGUUUCUAAAGACAAACUGGACCUAAAAGUAGCCUUUAGCAUGUGUGUUUGUGUGUGUGUGUGUGUGAGAGAGAGAGAGAGAGAAAGAAGGCUUGUAUAACAGUGUGUAUAAGCUCCCAGCUCACACUUGGAGGUUGAACAGAGUUUUUGCUGGACUGAAAGAGAAGGAAUGCUUUGCUCAAAAGUAAGAAUACAGUCAUUCAUGCUGUUGCUUCCUGUCUUUGGCGAGUUUAUUUGGGGUUGGAUGUAGGUUAUUUUACCUGUUAGGUUUUAUUUUUAAUUAAGAAAAAUUAAAGUUUUGUCUUCUAUUAUAUAUAACAUUGAUGCUUUUCACUUUCUUCCCCUUUUUUGAGUCUAUUGCAGUGUGAUCUGCUGAUCUAUCAUUAGAACUUUCUCUCAUUCUCAUAGGGCAUUUUUUUUGUUUGCAGUUUAUUUGUAUAGUGUAUAUCAAACCCAUAAUAUAUACUCCAUAAUAUAUGGACAGUCUUAUAUCCAGAGGAUUGCAAAACCUUGAUAAAUGACAUUGAACAUACUGUUCUUGAUGUCAGGCUUAUUUAAGGCAUUUUUUGACCUUUAAAUCAUGGGACUGUAUGAUAUGAUUUUAAAAUCAUAAUAUAUGAAGUCUUUUCUUUAGCCUUUUCAAGGCCUCUCUCAGCUCAGGGUUUGGUAAAAGUUAUCAUUUAUCCAUUAUUAUUUAGAGAUGAAAGAUGAGACUGUGUUUAAAAAAGGAAUAAGAAAGUUAAGACACAAAAUGUAUAAUUGAGAAGACCUACAAUGACGAUCACCUUCUUGGUUUUCUUUGUGUUUUCCUUCAAAGCUUAUGAUUUUACAACUAUUUGGUUUGGUAGACCAAAGAUUGUCAGGCACUUUAUUCAGCAAUAGAUUCUAUUAAUCAUCAAUUGAAAAAGGUGACAUGUAGCGUAAGGGAGUCCUGGAGUUAAUCUGACCCUCAACAUGAUUCUUCAGUUGCCAUCUACAGAGGGUCAAAUCUCUACAAUGCAUUCUUCAGUUCCUGAGACAACAAAACAUCUGGAAUAGUCCACAGAGUAAAAUGACAAUACAUGAAUGAGAAUGAGAGGUUUAGACAUUGCUUAGGAUUGUUAUCUACUGCUUUGAUUUUUAACACAUCUAAACUAGUUAAAUAUAUGCAGAGAACUUCAUUUGAAAAUUAGAAAUAUCUAAAAAGGUUUUGUUUUUCCACCCAAAUUGUGUGCUGACUGGAAGAUCGUAAAUACAGUGCCUUGUAUUACAGAUGUGUGUGGUGUUGACAAAAGCUCAGCGCAAAAGAGCCCUGUACAAGUGGUGUUUAUAGGUUGUGGCUGUCUCUGCUCACUUCCUUUUUAUAUUCAAAAAUGUACAUUACAUAAGAUGAAGGAAAUUCCUCUAUUAUCAGGCACAGUGUAAUGUACACUUUGAUUCUGUUAAUUCUAUAAAUUUCAUUUAAAUAUAUAAUUUGAGGAAAUUGUUACAGCUAACUUUGUUUUUCAAACAUGCUUUUGUUGAAGUCUUACAAUCAUGUUUUUUUUAAUUAUUGAAGUUCUAUAUGUGCUUGCUGUGUUUUGUCUUAAUAUUUGCAUUUUAUUUUAACACUCAUUGAAAAGAAAUCUAAAAUGUCUAUGUUGUAACCCAGUUUUCUGAGCUGCAUUCAUUCCUCAUAGGCUGACGUGAUUAGACAGCGCAUAAGCUUAGGUCAGGGUAUGUCCAUGAUGGUCUAUUACGCUCCUAGAUCUUGCAUGCAUCUAGAAGCAUUUUAUCAAUGGUCCACAUACAAACUAUGGCAAAAUGUACAACACCUACACUCAAAUGCAUUCCUUGGUUCCAUCUUUGAACCAGUUCAGUUAAAUCUUAACUCUCACUAAGAGGCCAGUGAUGAAGGAAACCUUUUAGAGAACUGGGAUGUAGCCAGAAGGCAUGUUUGCAUUAUCUAUUUCCUGGUGAGGACAACUCACUUCCUUGCUAUAUGUCAGCUUGACCUCAAAGCAUGACUGAUUUUCUAAUUCACAACCUUUAGCGCUCCCUGCCUCCUAUUUUUGAUAACAUUUUGAUUUUUCACAUAUAUAUCAGAUUCAUAUAAAUAUAUAGUUAUUUUAUCAGUUUGUAGCAUGACCUUUUAAGAAUCUCCUUUUAGAAAGGGGCUACAGAGUGAAACUAAUUAUUUUCUUGAAACCUGUAAAUCCAAACACCACUUUGGAGAAAAUAAAUCUGAUU